UCGUUUCAUCUUCGCUUAGGAUUGGUCGACUCCGUAUCGGGCCCUCUUUAUGUUACGAAAGUAAACUUGGAGGGAGGCCAAGUAAAGAAAGCGUCUGUGUCCUCCAGUCUGUUCUUAGACGCCGUUGCGCAAGUUGGGCGUCUCUUCGCUGCUCGGCUCUGCGUUUUUCACCAUUCCGUUUGUUGUUGACGACCAAACAUUGCCAUUCGUUUCACGAGCUAACGUUGGCUAUCGGGCUAACAAACAUGGCUACUCGCACCGGGACUUCGACAUAUAAAGGCACAGCGGACAGAGAGGCAACCUCAUGACGUCAAUUCGACUUUAACCCAUCCGUGACUGCUGACGCUGGUGGGAAGUAACAUCAUCAUUAUGGAGAUCAGCACCACCGCUGGCAGCAUCUUUCCACAUGGGGAUGGAGACCCGAUGGAUCUCCCUGCUCCAUCAUCCACAAUAUCCAUUGACAAGCUCCUCCCGGCUUUGUUGAAGUGCUUUGGCAUCAUCCUGUGCGGCUACAUCGCUGGCAGGGCCCACAUUAUCACAUCUACCCAGGCUAAAGGUUUGGGCAAUUUUGUGUCCAAGUUUGCCCUGCCCGCCCUCUUGUUUAAGAAUAUGGUGCUGCUGGACUUUGGGAAUGUCAUUUGGCCAUUCAUCUGGAGCGUUCUCAUCGCCAAAGCGUCUGUGUUUGCCAUCGUUUGUAUCCUGACGCUGGUUGCUUCCAGUCCCGAAAGUCGCUACAGUAAGGCUGGACUCUACUCGAUAUUUGCCACCCAAAGCAAUGACUUUGCUUUGGGUUAUCCAAUUGUUAAAGCUCUAUAUGAGAGCACACAUCCGGAAUACAUCCAGUACAUCUACCUGGUGGCACCUGUGUCGCUCAUGGUGCUCAAUCCCAUUGGCUUUGCCUUUUGUGAGGUCCAGAAAUGGAAGGAUCAGCGUGACCACCAGCAGGGCAAACUUUUGAUUGUGGGACAAGUGGUGCUCCACCUCCUUAAGAACCCGAUCGUUUUUAUGGUCGUUAUUGGCAUUGCAGCUCACUUUGCCCUGCACCAGAUACCUUCCUUCAUGGAGGACUUUGUGGACGGUUUGGCCGACUCCUUCGGCGGGGCCGCUUUGUUCUACUUGGGUCUGUCCAUGGUGGGGGAGCUGAAAAAAUUAACCAGGUCCACUGUUAUGACUCUGAUAUUACUCUUGACAGCAAAAUUGUUGCUGAUGCCUCUGAUUUGUAAAGAUAUGGUGGAUCUUCUAGACAGCACCGGCCCUUUGAACCACUCAAGCCUGUCAGACUUUGCCUUUCUUUAUGGCGUGUUCCCCACGGCGCCCAGUGUGGCUAUCUACGCUACAUAUUACAACGCACAGCUGGAAGUGGUUAUUUCCGGAAUGGUGAUCAGCACUUUGCUCUCAGCUCCAAUAAUGUUUACCUCCGCCUGGCUGCUCACCCUACGCUGGAUGGAUCCUCGGCAUCUGAUGAACACGUUACAAGAUGUCAGCUUUGACAUAAGCAUUGUCAGCCUAGUGGCACUGGUGUGGACUAUUGCAGUCAUGUUUUUUAGUAAGAAGUUCAAGAGCCUGCCUCAUAAGUUUUCAACCAAUCUUUUCUUGGCACAGUUCCUUACUUGUUUCGGAAUAAUACUGUGGAAAUUUGUGGUGAGGGGAAACAGCUUUAUCAGUCAGAUCUUGUCUUUUACGCUCCUGUGCACCUCCCUCUACUGCACGUACAUCUGGCCAGGCUUCAUUGCACUCUCUCUUGUACUCUUGAGAAGGUUUGAUCGUCUAAAGGUUUCUUCUGGCGUGUUUGUCUUUGCGGGCUGGGGGAUCCCUGCGUUCGCAACUGCUGUGUUGCUUAUCUGUGGGGAAAAACUCCAUGACACCAUAGACUCGUCACAAUUUUACAGCAAACCGCAGAUCAUCUGCAGCACAAUUGUGCUUGCUCUCAGUGUGCUACUAUCAGGGAGUUCCCUGCUGUUUCUCAGUAGAGGAAGAUCAGCCCAAAAAGAUCGAAAUCAAGGAGCAAACACCUCUGUGGAAGACCUUGUGACUGAAACUGAACAAGAUAACCAUGCUAUGUUUGAACCAGAAGUGCAUUCAGAAGAUCCCAGCAGAGCAUGUCUCAUGCGUGAAUGUGCACCACCCCAGCCCAUGCCGGACAUGAUCAUCAGCACCAAUGUGAACCACACAGCAAACUCGCUCACAUCCCAAAGUGAGAAUAGCAGUGAUUCAUCGGUCUGCCUUGUGUCCAGAGUGGAAGAGCUAAGUCAGGAUGAAGAUCGACAAGUGGCCCGUCAUGUCCUCCUGUGUUUGCUUCUGACUGUCGGCUCGCUCGCUAACUUGUCCAGUUGCGUAUGGUUGCUCUUUAACGAAGACCCGGGUAGACUUUAUGUGGAGCUGCAGUUCUUUUGUGCCGUGGCCAACUACGGGCAGGGCUUUCUCUCAUUUGUGCUGUUUGGCCUGGACCGACAUUUGGUUAUAUUACCGUUUUGGAAGAGGCUGCACAGACUGUGGUACAGAAGGGGCCAAGAAGAGCAACCGCAAAGUAACGUGACUGAAGAGAUCAGGAUGACAUGCACUGACUUUAUCAAACACUAUCAGGACCAGUGCUUUCACGACAUCGUCCGGAAGAGGAGGUGUGGAAAGAGGAGAAUGGUGGACUGUUUCCUGGGCUGUGAACUUGUGGAGUGGCUCCAGCAGGUGGGCUUAGCUGAGGAUCAACUUGCGGCCGUACUGUACGGCACCUGCUUGCAGCAAGGUGGCGUUCUUCAGCAUAUCGAGCAGGAUUGCUGCUUCCAAAACGCUCCAAUUUAUUAUUCCUUCGUGACCUAAACUGUAACCCAACGAGCACUUUAAUCUAAGCACUGGAUGAAGAUGGCUGACACGUGUACGCGUCUUACAACGCAUGAAAAUGCUUUAGCUCAACCAGAGGCUAUUAUUCAGGGGUGCAUGAGCGCUACAACAACAUUAUUGCUAGUUGUUGCUUGCUUUCUGGGAGGGUUUCAGUUUUUUAAAACAUGAGACGACAUGGGUGGACAUUCAUUAGUCAUUAUACAUCUGAACUAAUGAUGGGAUGAUAUAAUAACAGCUGUAACAAAUGUCUAUUGUACAGCUAUUCAGUUGGCAUUCUAUGGGGUGUUGUAAAUGCAGCCUUGCAGCUGUCUGUCGGACCCAAACAUGCACAUGCAUGGUUGCACCUUUCAAAAAUGGCAUGUGAGUGGUCAUGUUCUUUUUUUAGUUUUGUAUCACUAGACUAACAGUCAUGGAUAAACACUGUCAUGCCAGAGACAGUCACAUGGCAUAUUUUGGAGAACGCAUUGGUUGGUUGUUGCCUUAACAACAGAAUAUUUUAUUCCUUACAACUACAUAAUAUUGAAUUUUGCUUCACCGUGCAGUAUUGCUCAUUCAGCAUAACACCAAAUACUCAAUACAUCACCCUAAAUGUACUUUUUAAAAUGAUACUAAUGCCAACUUUUUAUUUUAUGCGAGUCAAGACAAGUACGUCAUCUUUGUUUUUGGGUGCCAGUAUGUGAGGGAUUAUCCACAAAGAAGUGAUGUGAUUUCUUUGUUUACCUCUACCAAAGAAGGGAAAAUUAAUUUUAUUUUCUUUGGUCUCUUUAUUUGACUUGUUUGUAAAAAUGUAAAGUAACGUCAAAAUGCUUUUGCCAUUGUUAAACUGUAUUUAACAUGGCUUUUUUUUUUGCUUUUUUUACUACAAAAAAGCAGGAUGUCCUUUGGACAUUUAAAAAGGGCAGUUAAGAUUGUUUUUUUUUUUUAAAGACAGAGUUGACGUGUGAAUUUUAUUUUCUCUCAGGUAAAAUAUAACGGCAGGCUAACAAUUUUUGGGUAUAUAAAUGUGAAAUAGUUUAUAAAUAAUGUUAUCCGCUCUUGGCACAUUUUGUCCAGUGCUGGUUAUUUAUGGAUUAUUUUGAAUAAAUCUGCACAGACUGUA